UCCGUCCUGUCCAAGAUGGCGUCCUCCAUAGUGGCGGGGGAGCGGCUGGUGCGGGCGGCGGCCUCCGCCAGCGGGGAGCUCGGGCGGCUUCCCCGCGAGCUGCGUGCGGAGCUGGAGGCCGCUCUGGGGGCCCAGGCCGCCGGGCGCGGCCCCCUCGUCCCCUUCAGCCUGCUCCGGAAGCUGCAGGGCGCCCUGCGCCGGGCAGGUUCUCCUGUGUAUCUCCAUGAGCUACUGGAAGGCAGCGAGAUUUAUCUCCCUGAAGUGGAGAAACCUCCAAGGAACCCCGAGCUGGUGGCCCGUCUGGAGAAGAUAAAGGCUAAGCUAGCGAAUGAGGAAUACAAGCGGAUAACAAGAAACAUCAACUGCCAGGAACUGAACCGGUACGGGACUCUGGCUGACUUGGGAAAGCAAGUUAGGUCCAUGAAAGCUGUGGUCAUCACCAUAUUCAACUUCAUUGUCACAGUGGUGGCUGCAUUUGCCUGCACAUACCUGGGCAGCCAGUACAUCUUCACAGAAAUGGCAGCGCGUGUGCUGUCGGCUGUGAUCGUGGCCUCAGUGGUGGGCUUGGCUGAACUGUACGUGAUGGUGCGGACCAUGGAAGGGGAGCUCGGACGAUUGUAGUCAGGCGGCUUUCACUUAGACUGUGAUCCUUGUGCUGGAGGUCGUUUCCUCCCCUGUGGGUUAUUAAUUUGUUCACAGGUACGUUUGGCUUUGGUCCAUUGGGUCGCUGUGCGUACUGCAGUUUCCUCACACCAUGUCCCUUAUUCCUGCCACGUUUGAAAUGAAUCACCAGAUGCACUGAAUGGGGGCCUUGUGGCAUGGAACAGAAGGGUCAGCAGCAGCGGGAGGUUUCAAAUCCACGAUUGCCACAGGGAGGAGUGGGAGGCUUAUUGCUGCCUCAUCUUCUAGCGCUGAAGUUGCUGUCCCUUGUUCAAAAUAAAUGGGUUCUGUGUGCAUUAGAAUGACCUUCCUCCUGCCCCAAGGCAGAUUCCUAGGGCAGAGAUGCUGUGUGUGAAAUGCCUGCAUUGUGUACCUGGGCAGCCUGUGUGGGUCUCUGCCCUCUUUAUCGCAACCCCUACUCCAUUGCUUCUACAGAAGCCAUUACACUUGGUUUCUUUAAUGCUCUUCACAUUCCUGCAUGGUGCAUGAGCCAGGCUGCUUUAGGGUAGAGCACAGUUUGUACAGGGCAUGAGCCCUGCCUGCUCUUGGCUGAAGCAGUGGGUGCCUGACCCAGGCCCUGUGCUCAUGGCGGUGCAUUUUCUCCCCCAUGCAGACAGCUGCUCCCCAGGAGAAUGAGGGCACCUAAUCCCACGUUGUUCCUCCCAUACUAGGAAAUUUCCUAACUCAGAAGGUGUUGCAGCCAGUGCAGGGAAUUCUUUAUCUGUUAAGAUGAGGUCUAACAGAAACUGACCGCAGAUCUAAAAAUUAACGCUAGCUUAGGUACAAGUGAUUAUGACUUAGGUGCAGUCUGAAUAAAGUCUAGACCAGAAAUAUAGAUACACGUGCUACUUUAAUAAGGCCAAUUUCACAAAGCCAAAAACAAUUGGGCUAAAUAAGCUGGAAGGGAUGAUUUAAGCAGAAAAGUGUAAAUGAUAAUUGGGAAACAUUUAAGAACACCUUACUAGACGCCCAGAAAGAUGGAAGCAAGGAAGAAAGAUGUACUAAUUAAAAAUGGACUUUGUUUAGAGGGGAAAGGAAGGCAGCUAUACAAAAAUAAAUGUGUAACAAAUGAAAGAAGGGGGGGAGUGGAUAGGGACAAGUCACAAGUUGGAAACUGUAGAAAACAUAAAAGGGAAGCAAAUGGACACAAGGAGAAAUCUAUAGCCAGCAGACUUAAGGAGGAGUUUUAAAAAUAUAUUAGGAACAAAAGCAAUCAUGAUAAUCGUAUUGGUCCAUUACUAGCUGGAAAUGGUAGAAUCAUCACUCCUCAGAAAAGGCAGAAGUGUUCAAUCAAUAUUUCUGUUCUGUAUUUAGGGAAAGACAUUAUAUACUCUCAUCGUAUGGUGAUAACUCCAGUUCACUAGUUAGGCAUUUUUAAAUCAGCAGGUUCAGAUAACUUGCAACCAAGAUUUUUAAAGAGCUGGCCGAGGAGCUUCCCAGGCCACUAAUGUUGGUUCUCAGUAAGUCCUGAAGCACUGGGGAAGUUCCAGAAGAUUGGAAACAAGCUAAUAUUGUGCUAAUUUUUUAAAAAGGCAAACAGAAUGACCUGGGUCAUUAUAGGCCUGUCAGCCCGACACUGAUCCCAGGGAAGAUAAUGGAGCCGGUACCGGAUACAAGACUGGAUUAAUCAAGAAUUAAAGGAAGAUAAUUAAUGCAAAUCAUGAUGGGUUUAUGGCAAACAGAUGCUGUCAAACUAACUAGUAAUCUCAUCAAAAAAUAUCUGGCUGAUAAAAGUAAUACUGGACUUGGACUUUCAGAAAACCUUUGACAAGGUCCCUCACCAAAGGCUCUUAAGCAGAGUGAGCUGUGAUGGGACAAGAGGGAGGGUUCUCUCCUGGAUCAGUAACUGGUUAAAAGAAAGGAAACAGAGUAGGAAUAAAUGGUUAGUUUUCACAAUUGAAAAAGGUAAAUCAUGGGGUCCCCCAGAAUUUACACUGGGACCAGGGCUUGUCAGCAUAUUUAUAAGUGAUCUGGAAAACUGGGUGAACAGUGAGGGGGAAACAUUUGCAGAUGACACUGAACUACUCACGAUGGUUAAGUCCAAAGCAGACUGUGAAAAGUUACAAAGGGAUCUUACUAAACUGGGUGACUGGAGAACAAAAUGCAGAUGAAAUUCAAUGUUGAAAAUGCAGAGUAAUGCACAUUGGAAAAAUUAGUCCCAACUAUGCAUAUAAAAUGAUGAGGUUUAAGUUACCUAUUACCACUUGGAGUUAUUGUGGAUAGUUCUCUGAAAACAUCUUGUCAAUGUGCAGAAGCGAACAAAAGAGCUAACAAUGCUAGAAAUCAUUAGGAAAGGAAUGGAUUAUCAAACAAAACAUCACAAUGCCACUAUACAAGUCCAUGGUACUCCCACACCUUAAGCAAUGCAUGCAGUUCUGGUUGCCCCCUCUCAAGAUAUAUUAAUUGGCAAAGGGACAGAGCAGGGCAACAAGAACGACUCGGGGUAAGGAACAACUUCCAUAUGAGGAAAGAUUAAAAAGUCUAGGAAUGUUCAUGUUAGAAAAGAGGACUAAUGAGGGGGAGGGACUAUGAUAGAGGUUUAUAAAAUCAUGACUGGUGUAGAGAGAGUGAAUAUGGAAGUUUUAUUUACCCCUUUACAUAAUACAAGAACCAGGAUCACCCAAUGAAAUUAAUAGGCAGCAGAUUUAAAACAAACUAAAGGAAGUAUUUCUUCACACAAUGCACAGUCAACCUGUGGAACUCCUUGCCAAGGGAUGUUGUGAAGGCCACAAGUAUAAGAACUUGAGAAGUUCAUGAAGGAGCUGUCUAUCCAUGGCCAUUAGCCAAAAUGGGCAGGGACACAACCCCCUAAACUGCCAGGUGUUGGGACUGGAGAGCAGGGGAUGCCUCACUCAAAAUUGUCCUCUUCUCCUUGCAUCUGGCACUGGUCACUGUCAGACACAGGCUACUGGGCUAGAUGGACCAUGGGCCUGUCCUAGACUAAGGAAUGUUGUUUCACCUAUUUUCCUGCAUCUCCAAUGUGAAUUGAGCCAAGUAAAACCUCAGAGGACAACAAAAAGUACAUCUUCCUAAAAGAUAAACAAAGCCAUCAAGAUAAAGGAGGGGGUGGGAAGAGAUUAACAGUCAUGACUGGUGGGCAGCCUGCACCCCCCCAAAAGCCUUCCUGGCUCCUGAAACAGAGAUAAUAGAUUUUGGAAAAUAGAAGCAGAAAAAAAAGCCAUUUUGGCAUCCAUCACAGUGGGGACACAAGAGGCUGGAGCUCUCAAUCUGAGAAAGGGGGUGUGGGGGAGUCAAGGCCCUGGCUCCCUGCAAUUCACCAUGACUCUCAGCCAGCCAGUAAAACAAGGUUUAUUUAGACGACAGGAACACAGUCCAAGAACAGGUCUUGCCGGUACAGACAACAGGACCCCCUUAGUUAGGUCCAUCUAGGGGCCCCAGGGAGGCCACAGCCCCGUUGGGAAGCCCAAGUCCCGUCGGGCGCCCCUCUCCAUUUCCCCGCUAGCUCCAGACUAUUCAAAUAACGCAUCAAAAACAUUCCCACUUCAUCACAGGGGGCUCCUUCAGUCAAGGGGCUUACAGUGUCUGGGAAUGCACAAUGGUGAGAAACCUACUUAAACAAAGAUUGUAAAUUGCUAACAUUAAGUUUUAGUCAUUAGAAAGCAUGUUUUACUUGUAACCAACCUGUGUCUUUUAUUCUUCUCUCUUAAACCUACCUUCUUCCUUAAUAA